AUGUUCCGCAUCGUCGCCCACAUGGCGACCGCUCACAGACCCUCACAGACCCUCACAGACCCUCUCCCGUUUCGCCAAACAGUUAAGAACCCGUGGACGCUCUUCGGUCUGGGUACCGCCGUCAACCGCUUUACACGCCUGCACACGACGUCACCAGUGACUGGUGGGCAUACAUACCCUGCUGAGAUCUGGCGAGCUGCCCGUCUCAUCAACGAUCCCGCGCCCAGCGCCAACUGCCACUGUUUCGCAUUCACGACUUUAGACCUGCAGUCCGGUCACAUCGGCAGCAUGCAGCUGGGAUAG